AAACAUUUGCAAGGCAGGAAAUGAAACGGAACGACACGCACUUUCGACGUAGAUAGAGUGGAUGGCAGGAAAUCCGAAAAGAACGAGGGAGCGUGCGACCAAGAACCAAAUCCUGUCCAGCGGCAAACGGCGUUUUAAUUUUUAUCUAUCUAUCUAUCUAGUGUCUAUCUAUCUUGGUCUUUUUAUAAUUUUAAUUUAAUGCGUCUCGAAACGUCUCUGCUGAGUUUUUCAGAAUUUCAACCAAAACCCUAGUUUCGGCCUUCUUCUCCACAGCACAGGCGCAUUCAAGGUUGUUAGAGUAGAGAGGUUUGGGUCAGCUUUUGUAUGUGUUAUAUUAAUCAUGGAAGGCGUCAAUGUGCUGCCACCCCGAAUGCCUCCUCUGGCAAAAGCGUCUGAUGAUAACAAUGGAGUUCCACAUCCUUCCACCAAUGUUGAUUACCACCUUAACAUUCUUUUAGCUUCGCAUUUGAGUAACCCAGAUCUGACUCCUCAGGAGAUUGCAGAGGCCUCAAGAUCAACUGCUGCGGCUGCUGCUAUAGCUGCAAAGGCCGCCCGAGCUUCUGCAGAUGAGAAAGCUGCCGCUGCAGCAAGAGCAAUUGCUGCCGCUAAGACUGCUUUAGAUUUGAUUGCCUCCUUUCCUAACCAGGGCCUUGUCCAAGACGCAUGUCUUGGUAGGGACAACAUGAAGAGGCAUGUUGCUGCUGACUUGUUGUGCUCAAAGAAUGACGAAUUACCCUCCAACUUGCAACUAGGAGACGUCAGUCAGGUCACAAUUCCAAACUCCUCUGUGAGUUGUGAGCAUAAGAACGACCAGUGUGAGGUUCCCUUAGGCUCAAGGGAGAGGCUGAAUACAGAGCAUGUCAUUUCCAAGGGGAUGGAUUUUGAUGGCCUUGGCAUGGAGUUAAAUACCGAUAGACUGAACGGAUCAGCUGCAGGUGGAGAAGGAGCAAGAGAAGGGAUUCAGGUGACCAGAAAGAGGGGGCGGCCAAAGUCCAAAUGAUUUUUUGCUUCUGUAAUUUUUUAUUUCUUUUUCCUUGGGGUCUAUUUGCUGCAAAUGGUGUUUGUAUAUGAUCAAGUCCCUUUAGAAAGCGAGUGAGAUUGGAGAGGCUAAUGAAAAUAAUACAUAAGAAAACACACACAAUUAUUGAAACCUUUUUUAUUUGUGGCCG